GUGUGUGUGUGUGUGUGUGUGUGUGUGUGUGUGUGUGUGUGUGUGUGUGUGUGUGUGUGUAAGACUGUCAGACUGUCGUCAGCUGGGCAUGUUGUUUUAACUGCUGUUCUCGGGGGCCUUGGGAUUCCUUAGUGGCAUGUGAUGAGAGAGAGGACGCGAAGGGGACAGCAGGACAAAAGGAUAGGCAGCCAUCACACUUCAUACUGCAUACUCAAACAUGGUACUGCACUCGGACACAGGGGAAGAUGUGAGCCUCAGUGGCUCAUUGCAGGCCCAAAGCAGAAAAUCCAAGUCUUCACAUUCCGACGUGGUGUAUGUAGUGGGUGGAUGGACCCCAGAAGAUCCCACGUGCACAAUUGAGCACUUUUGUGCGGAGUAUAACGAAUGGAAGGUGACAACUCCGCUCUUUCGAAACCGCAAGGACGCCGGGAUAUGUGCUGUUGGAGAAUUCAUAUACAUGGUUGGCGGAGCCGAUGAAAUGACAUGCUUUAGCAGCGUGGAUAGGUAUGACCCUGAUCAGGGUUCGUGGUACAGUGAGUUGCCAUCUCUCUCCUCUCCAAGAAGUCAAGUAUGUCUUUGUGAGAUGGAUGGGUGCCUGAUCUGCAUUGGAGGCUUUGACGGAUACGCGUACCUCAAUUCAGUAGACCGGUAUGACCCCGACCGUAACGCCUGGUCUAAGCUAGCACCCAUGCAUCAUAAAAGGGGUGGAGCGACUGCCGUGAUAAUGGACGGACAACUGUAUGUGAUUGGAGGACAUGAUGGAAAGGCAGUCCUCGACUCAGUGGAGCGCUUCAACCCAGCGGAGGGAUGCUGGUCUCUGUGCCCCCCUCUGCGGUGCCCGCGCGAGGGGGCGGGCAGUGCCGUCUACCUGGGCCGCAUCUACGUGAUGGGGGGUCACGAUGACCUCGGCCUGCCCCUGAAAACGGGCGAGAAGUACGACGCCGACUCCCAACGCUGGACCCCCGUGAAAGCCAUGAAGAACAAACGCUACCAGGUGUCCCUGCUGGUGUUCAAUGACCUCCUGCUGGCUGUGGGAGGAUCUGAUGGUGUCUCUGAUCUCAAAACGAUGGAGGCUUAUGACUAUGAAAACAACUCCUGGAGGCACUUUGGAAGCAUGAAAUCCAAGCAUCCGGGUGGUCAUGUUGCUGUGCUGAAGGUUACAUGAAGACAACUUUCCACCAACAGAGUUCAGCUCAGUUGUCAGUACAGCUGGAGAGAGCCAUGCAAGCAAAGAUCAACUACUGUAGGCCUACAAUAAACACCCAUCUGGAGUUUCAAAGCAAAUAAACGAAUUAAGCCGCUGAA